UACUGAUCCCAUUUAGAAACCGCCAUGAACAUCUACCCAUCCUCUUCCAACACUUAAUCCCCAUGCUACAAAGUCAGCGGUUGCAGUUUGCCUUCUACGUCAUUGAACAGAGUGGGAGCCAACCCUUCAACAGAGCAAUGCUGUUUAAUGUGGGUUUCCUCGAGGCCAUGAAGGACUCGGACUGGGACUGCUUGAUUUUCCAUGAUGUCGACCACAUUCCUGAGAAUGACCGCAAUUAUUAUGGGUGUGGUCAGAUGCCACGCCACUUUGCUGCCAAAUUGGACAAAUACAUGUACAUUCUUCCAUACAGUGAAUUCUUUGGUGGUGUGAGUGGACUUACCGUGGAGCAGUUUCGCAAGAUUAAUGGGUUUCCCAAUGCAUUCUGGGGAUGGGGAGGAGAGGAUGAUGACCUGUGGAACAGGGUGCACUACGCCGGUCUGAAUGUCACGCGACCCGAGGGAGAAAUUGGAAAGUACAAAUCAAUUCCUCAUCACCACAGAGGAGAGGUGCAGUUCCUGGGGAGGUAUAAGCUGUUGAGAUAUUCCAAAGAGCGCCAACACCUGGACGGCCCUGAACAACCUCCGUUACAGCCCCACGUGUCCCUCAGCAGCCUCUACAAGAACAUCACAGUGGACCUGAGCCCCGAGCUCGCCCCCAUUGCAGACUACUGAACUGCCCCGCCUCCUGCACCCCUCCGGUCCGGCCUCCCAGCGCCCUCUUCAGCUGCACACAGGCAGAGAGCUUGUGUGGCAGAGGAGGGCAUUGGGGUACAGGAAUAACAUGUAAUGCUGCCAAGAAAAGCUACCGGGGGGGGAGGAGGGGCUCCAAGCAGGGGUAAAAAAAAAAAGGCAGUGGCAAGUCUGCUAAGGUGAACUGGUGUGUGUGUGUGUGUGUGUAGAGAGAGAGAGAGAGAGAGAUUAGCUGCAUGUCUUUCUGUCUGCCGGCUUUACUCCUGAAAGUGACAUCAGUCUGGGUUUAGGGUGAAAGGAGCAGCAGCAUCAAAGCCUUAACGUGGCAGAACCACAGCUCCUCGGGCUCGGCACCGCUUCACUUUUGAUGUAUCACUGUCACCUUAGAAGCCACCAGACAAGUUUCUGUUUCACUUUGUUGAUUUAUAUAUAUAUAUAUAUAUAUAUAUAUAUAUAUAUCAUUUUGUUAGGUGACUGUUCUCCUUAAAUACAAGAGCUUGUAUAUUUUUUUUUUCCUUUAUACAUUUCGAGAACAUAUUUAUUUCCUGUGAGUCACUCAGUUGGAUGAAGCACUCCCAUCACACUCAAGUGUUUGCCGUUUGUUUUUCUGCACUGCUGCUGAAUCCGCAUGAACGUGUAUGUAAAUACUGGCCUCCAACUGCUCGAACACAAAUAUGUAAAUAUUGGCCUUUAAAUGCUCGAGCGUAUUACAGCGAUAUUCCAGUGAGGUUGAAUUUUUAUUUUGGCAGCUACCUUCUUUCUGAGGACUUAGUAAGCGUGAGUGGUUUUCUUCCUAACAGGAAGCUGUUCUAACAAAUAUGCGUAUAGUAUGGCUGGCUUAAAAGAAAAAAAAAA